UUUUUCUUUUUAGGGGAACUGGUUGGUAAGUUGCUUUAUCAACACGGACCCAAAUAAUCGCUGGACUGACUUCCCGGAAAAACACGGCAGGGGAAAGAGAAACGUGGAUAUUUUGACAAGUGAGUCCGAUAAUGACGCGCUGGGCUCGAGCCAACAAUGUCCACAAAAACAAACCUGCUGAGGCCACCCCCUGGAGCCAGCUGAAGGCCAACAGGGCCGCUGCGGAGAGAGGUGGUCCAGCGGGUCGUGUCCAUAAUAGGCCAUUCGGCCAGACAACAGACUCCCUCCGGAAAACCCAGCCAGGCCAGGGAGUGAAGAAGCCCAAUAGGAAAAAGAAGGACUACGACAAUGUGGAUGUGAACGGCUUCCUUGAGUACCUGCAGCAGACAGGCCAGCCACUGCCCCGUGGGCCCCCAGGGGCCCCUGGAGUGGAGGAUGGACUGAGGGAGGAGGUGGAGGUGGCACUGAAGAAGGACAAGAGGAGGGAGGACAGGAGGAUAAAGAGGCAGAAUAUCAAAAAGAAUGCCAUGCUGUGCUUUAACUGCAGGAAGCCAGGCCACGGGCUGGCCGACUGCCCCGAGGCAGAUAACGACGAGGAAAUGGGCCGGGGCAUCUGCUACCGCUGCGGCUCCACGGAGCACGAGAUCCACAAGUGCAAGGCCAAAGUGGACCCUGCUGUUGGAGACUACCCGUAUGCCAAAUGUUUCAUAUGCAGUCAGACUGGCCACCUGUCCAGAUCCUGUCCUGAUAACCCCAAAGGCUUGUACGCUGCAGGAGGCUGCUGUCGAGUGUGCGGUUCAGUGGAACACUUUCAGAAGGACUGCCCAGAGCACCAGGAAUCAGCGAAUGCAGUCACCGUGGGCCGACUGUCUGACCGCAUGAGCGCCGACCACCAGGACGUUCACGUUCCGGUUAAGAAGGCCAAGCCCAAGCAGGCGAAGGUGGUGGUUUUCUGAAAAGGAUGUCGGCUUGUCAGAACAGAGAGAACACAGGACAUCUGAAGGGCCGGAAAAGAAAUCCACUUACCUAUCCCAUAAUUCCUCAGCUCCUGAAAGACAUUCUGUUGAGGACUAGCAGCAGCAACGAACAGACUAUUAUCACAGUUUUUUUUUCAGCAUUCCGUUCAGAGACUGGACACGCUUGUGUGGUUAUACUGUAUUAAACAGGACAUGCAGUUGGCUGAUCGCAGAUCAGUUUUCCCACUGUUUUCUGGGAUAAUGCACAGAAUAUGCACAGACUAGGUAUGCAGAAACAAACAUUUACUUAAGCUCAUACACAGCAGAAUACAGUUUUAGGAAUCAUGGAAUUUUAAUAAAUUAACAGCUUGAUUUCCCAAAAAUACAAAUACAUUGUUGAUAGUAAACCCUUAGGAUUUAUAUAAACUCUAAGUUCAAGUUAUAUUUUACUCAUGUACAAGCCACAAUUUGGACUGUAGACACACUAACCCACCAGGAAAAGAACAGCUUUCAUUCAAAGGCUUUAUUUACACAUAGAAAACAGUUUUGGACGCCUUUCACAAGGCUGUCGUAAUGUUGUCCUUCUCCAGAAAGGCAAUGCAGGACAGUGCGGUCUCCUCCAUGGACUUGGACCAGCCCGCUAAGUUCCCCGCUAUGUACGGCAGCACCCCCGAGGUCACCUCGUUGUAGUAGCACACCUGUGUGCGUGAAAAGCAGUGAAAACACUCAGGCGCUAUCCUGUUAUGACGUGGUCUGGUCACAGAAAUUCUGGGUUAAUGUGCAUCAGCACCAAAGACUACUUGCAGCACUUUGGAUCACUGCCAAGUUGCCUGAAAUGAGGGAAUUCAUCUCACACAUGGGGGUUUAAUCCCUAUUCUUGUUGGUGUUGAUAUGGAAAAAGUGUAAUAUGAUGUAAUAGAACUAAAUAAACCUAUCAGAUACACAUGAGCAGAUUGUGAGUGUCAAGACUGCAGCCCACAGCUAUUUCACGUGUACCAGCUGAAAGCAGCCUGAGGAAUCCCCAUACAAAAUCACUUAAGGGCUUUUCAUAUGUAUUUCCAAAGCAAUGUACAGAGGUACACAGAAGAAAAUACUGACCCCUACAGUACUGCAGCUUUAUUGAUAAUAAAGCUGCCUUUUCACAUAUAUUUUAUCAGUCCACAGACCCUGUCCCGGAGUUGUUCCUACCUUACAGGAAGUGUGGCUGUUUCUGUGGAUAAGGAAUCCUGCACACUGUGCUUCGCUCCGGAUGUAAUCCGGCUGUAGAGGGACUGUUGCCACGGAGACGGACCGCAGGGCAAUGACAUAGGGGUCACUGUAACAAACAGGAAGUGUUAACUCUGCAGUAUACUUCAGUUAGGGAAGGAAAGAAUGCAUCAUGGUUAUGGAUGUCUGAGCUACAGGAGCUAGGCUUAUAUCAUGUGGUAAUCAGUAUGUGAUUCACUGAUAGUGAAAAUGAUUGUAUGAAUGCAUGAUGGAAAAUCUGUGUGUUCUUCCCUCUUUACUUUUGCAAGGGAGAGCAACUUUUGGCACAAAGCAAAUUUAUGCAAUAACCAAGUGUAACAGAGUGAUUCAAGUCGACUGAAUCCUGAAUCUGUCCACUGGGUGUCAGUGUUUCUUUUUCAGAUGGCUCUCUCUUCAAAGUGAGGGAAGACAAAAGGCAGAUCUAAAUAAAUCCAUACAUAAAUCCU